GAAAUAGUGUUUUGUUUUGGGGAAGAGAACACAUAUUUUCACUCUGAGAUACAAAUCACAAACGAGAGUUCUCGAGGCAAAAGCUCUGUCAAGAGGGCUUUUUAAAGUGACUGGUGCUGCUGGCUACUGCUCAACCUUCCAGUAUUGGACUUUAACCAUUCAUGAAUGAAUCCCUGUUAAGGUUUUUAAAUAAAACAGCACAACUGCGCAGUCCCAACUUCACCAGAAUUUGGGUUAGGGUUAUCUAUCUAUCUAUCUAUCUAUCUAUCUAUCUAUCUAUCAGGAAGAGCUAUGCACUUAACGCAAUGUAGUUCUAAUACGACUGGUUGUGGUUAAUAUGAGGUAACUCCAGUUACUAGCAGCCCUGUGCAGUCAAAAAAGGAACAAAAGGAACACUCUUCUGCUCUGAUGUUACUGAGGAAAUGUGGAAAUUGCCAAUUAUGUGUGUUUCCCAGGGACUAUGAAGUAUACAAAUUGCAGAGCAGCCAAAUAGGUCAGUCAGUCACCUUCUAGACUGUGCCUUUCCAAUGCCACUCUUCCAGUCACGAUGACCUCGCUCAAGGAGACGCUGUGGCUAACGCUGGAGGAUUUGAGGGCUGAGGAGUUCAAGCAGUUGAAAUGGCACCUCCAGCAGGCGGACAUCAUGCACACGAUCGUCCCACAUGGCGAGGCCUAUCGAGCCAUCCCCACCACCAGGCUGGAGAAGGCCGACAGGCAAGACACCGUUGAUCAGAUGGUGCAGAUCUACAACCUCCGUGGCGCUCUGGAGGUGACCAGAGGGGUUUUAAUCAAGAUCAACAGAAAUGAUCUUGUGCAGCAAUUACCAAACAUCACCGCAACAUCAAAAGCUGCGUGGGAAGUAGAUGUUGGUGAUGUGGGGAUUAGUUCAGAAAACAGAAGAGAUUUGAUGGUGCCAGUACCAAAGCCUCCACAACCAAUCACAUCGUACCAAAAGAUGCUCCAGUCUAAUCUUCAGAACCGGUUUAUAUGUGUACACGAAGGACUGUCUGAUAUGGAGGAUAAAAAACUGCUGGAUGAUAUCUAUACAGAGCUCUACAUCACAGAUGGAGGCAACAUGCAAAUUAACAGGCAACAUGAGGUCAGGCAGAUUGAGAUGGCAGCAAGGCAGCCAGCUAAAAUAGAGAUAUCAGUCAAACCCAGUGACAUCUUCAAACACCCGUCCGGAAAAUACAGGCCCAUAAGGACAGUGCUGACCAAUGGGAUUGCAGGGAUCGGGAAAACCUUUCUUGUGCAAAAGUUCAUCCUCGAUUGGGCUGAAGGAAGAAACAAUCAGGAUGUGCAUCUCAUAUUCCCCUUCACCUUCCGCCAGCUCAAUCUACUGAAGGGAAAAAGGUUUUGUCUUGCCAAACUCAUUCACAAAUGUAUCAGGGAAACCAAAGACAUCACAGAGGACGCUCUUAAUUACAUUUUCACAACUUUACAGACAUCUGGAAACACCAACUACGACAAGAGCAAAUUUAAACUUCUCUUUGUGUUGGACGGACUAGAUGAGAACCGUCUUCAACUCGACUUCACUGCCAAGGAAACAAAGGUUCUUGAUGUGACAAAUUCGACAGGGGUGGAAGGACUUCUGAUGAACCUCAUUAAAGGGACUCUGCUUCCGUCUUCGCGCCUCUGGAUAACCACACGACCUGCAGCAGCCAAUCAGAUCUCCCUAGAGUUAGUUGACAUGGUAUCAGAGGUGAGAGGCUUCACCGACCCACAGAAGGAGGAGUAUUUCACCAAGAAAUUCAGCCAUCACGGGCAUGCUGAUAGAAUCAUCUCCCACAUCAGGGCGUCACGGAGCCUUUACAUCAUGUGCUACAUUCCGGUCUUCUGCUGGAUCACAGCUACAGUGCUGCAGGACGUGUUGCAAACCAGCGAGGGAGUAGAGCUGCCAAAGACCCUGACUGAGAUGUACACGGAAUUCCUUGCUUUUCAGAUGAAGCAGACAAAAGAGAAAUACGGCACAAAAAAGUGCAUUCGCUACAUUGAGUCACUUGCAAAGCUGGCUUUCCACCAGCUGGAGAAAGGAAACAUAAUCUUCUACGAGGAGGACCUAAAACAUAGCGGCAUUGAUCUCAGCGAAGCCUCCAUGUACUCUGGGGUGUUCACGCAGAUCUUUAAGAGGGAGCGCUGGAGGAAGAAGGACAAGGAAAAGGGCAGAAUGUUCAGUUUUGUCCAUCUGAGCAUUCAGGAGUUUCUGGCUGCUUUUUAUGUGCAGCUCUCGCUCGUCAACGGCAGCAAAAACGUGAUGGCGGAAUCACAGGCGGUCUCCAGAAAUCUGGGGGGGUUUUUCUGCAAAACAUCUGCAACCGAGGUCCACAGGAGUGCCAUCGACAAGGCCUUGGCGAGUCCCGAGGGUCACCUGGACUUGUUCCUCCGUUUCCUGUUGGGCCUGUCAUUGCAGACCAACAAAGACCUCCUGGCAGACCUGCUUGGACGGAAACCAAUGAGCCCAAGCAGUAAUCAGGAGACAAUCCAGUACAUUAAAGAGAAGAUUGAGCAGGAUCUGUCUCCAGAGAGAAGCAUCAACCUGUUCCACUGUCUGAAUGAGCUGAAUGACCACUCGCUAGUGGAGGAUAUUCAAGACUACAUCAGUUCGGGAUGUAUCUUUCAAAGAUAUCUCACUCCUGCCCAGUGGUCAGGGCUGGUCUUCAUCCUUCUGUCAUCAGAAAAAAAGCAUGACGUGUUUGACCUCAAGAAAUACUCUGCCUCGCAUGGCGGUCUCCUGAGGCUGCUGCCGGUGUUUCAAGACUCCACAACAUACCUGUGGUGUCCUCCUCUGUUUGUCUCAUUCAGGCUGAGUGGCUGUAACCUGUCAGACACCAGCUUCAAAGCCCUGGUCUCGGUCCUGACCUCGGAACAGUCGAAGGUGAGAGAGCUGGACCUGAGCAGCAACAACCCCGACGAUGUUGGAGUGACGGCGCUCUCCGCCGCCCUGGAGAAUCCAUGCUGCAGAGUGGAAUCGCUCAGGUUAAGUGCCUGCAACCUCUCGGAGGGGAACUGUGACUCUCUGGCCUCAGUCCUCGGGUCUGGGUCCUCCAAUCUGCGAGAGCUGGACCUGGGUGACAACAACUUGCAGGAUUCCGGAGUGAAGCUUCUCGCUGCCGGACUUGAGAGUCCGCACUGCACGUUGGAAUCGCUCCGGCUGAACUUGUGCAAGCUGUCCUCGGUGAGCUGUGAAGCUCUGGCCUCGGUCCUCAGCUCACGGUCAUCUUGCCUGAGGCAGCUGGACCUGAGUAACAAUGACCUGCUGGAUUCAGGAGUUAAACUGCUCGCUGCCGGACUGGCGAAUCCACGAUGCCGACUGGAAACACUCAGGCUGUCAGGCUGUCUGGUCACAGAGGAAGGCUGUGCUUCUCUGGCCUCAGCUCUGAGCUCCAACCCCUCCCAUCUGAGGGAGCUGGACCUGAGCUACAAUCAUCCGGGGGUCUCGGGAGCGGCGCCCCUGUCCGCCGGACUGGACGACCCACGGUGGAGGCUGGACACUCUGAAGGUCGACCCCAGCGGAGUGUGCUGGUUGAAAUCUGGUCUGAGGAAGUAUGCCGGUGAACUCACACUGGACCUGAACACCGCGCACAGGGACCUCGUGCUGUCCGACGGGAACAGGAGCGUGACCAAGGGCGACGACGAGCAGCCGUAUCCAGAUGGCCCCGAGAGAUUUUGCGACGUGUUUCAGUUGCUGUGCAGAGAGGGUCUCACCGGUCGCCACUACUGGGAGGUGGAGUGGAAAGGACGGGUUUGGAUCGGUGCGGCCUACAGCGGAAUCAGCAGGAGUGGAAAGGCUGUCCACUGCCUACUCGGAGGGAAUGAAAAGUCCUGGUGCCUCGAGUGCACGGAUGAUGCGUACUAUUCUUGGCACAAUAAAAGUAUAACAAGCAUAUGGUUCCACCCCCUCGACACCACCAGAGUGGCGGCGUAUCUGGACUGGCCCGCGGGCACCCUGUCCUUCUACAGACUCUCCUCUGAUACUGUGACUCACCUCUACACCUUCUACUCCACGUUCGACGAGCCUGUCUACCCCGGGUUCUGGAUUGGGUUGAAUUGCUCAGCGACUCUGUGCCAGAUGGAGGAGGAGGCGGAGGAGGAGGAGUUGUCGCCUGUUUGAAGAAACAGGGUGUUAUUGGGUGUUAUCUGUCGGGAACGUGCCAUCGUACGUCUGCAGCUCGUCCAGAGCGCCUACCAGAAUUCCCCCACGCUACACCGUGCACUGGUACGCGCCUACCGCGCUGCCAAUGGCUCAGGCCCGUCCUCCAUCCAGAACAUGGUCAAACGUCAGAGAACAGGCCGCCCACUCCGCUCUGCUACAGCCAAGCGGCUUGCCACUCCCUCACUGCGAGGGGGCGGGCGGCCACCGCUCAACUGAAUCCCCCUUCUGUUGUCUGUCCAGAUGUUGCCCCUGCAGCCGAGUGAAUCCAAAAGGAUUGAUGAUGAAUAUGUGCAGAGGAUAAGGAAUAUCAGAGCAGCAGCCACUUACACGGAGUAAAAGACUGUGUGAGAAGGCGCAUUGGCUUAUAGAAAGAAAAUAACUGCUCCAAACUUCGACGUUGUUUGUGUUUGUUGUGGCAGGAAUUCCCCAAAUUGUUCUCAUUACAUUAAUGAACACAAACAGAACAGAUAGAAGAGUGUCUGAAGAGACAGGUGUGUCAG